AUGACACGCUUGAAGGCGUUCCAGCGUGUUGUGCAGCAAUACGCUGAUAUCUCAGACUCUGUCGUUGUGUAUAUAGAGGAGGCGCACCCGUCGGACGGAUGGAUGAGCACUGACGCUCCCUACCAAAUUCCCAAACACCGCUGUCUCGAGGACAGACUCAGUGCGGCUCAAAUAAUGAACCGUGAGGUCCCUGGGUGCCUUGUUGUCGCAGACAGCAUGGAGAACUCGUCCAACGCCGCAUAUGGAGCAUAUUUCGAUAGACUUUACAUACUUCAAGACGGAAAGAUUGUCUACCAAGGAUGUAGAGGACCGGAGGGAUACCGCAUCUCUGAGCUGAGGGACUGGCUUGAUCAAUACAGACAAAGUGUUGGAAAUUCAAGAAAUGUCGUUAUUCAUGUCUAGAGUUGUAUCACAUUUUAGGCGUCAGCAUUAAAUAAGUUAUGUCUCACAGACCUGCUAUACAUUUGAUACACUGCAACUUUUCAAGAGUAGCAGUGUAUAUAACGUGUCACAGGGACACACAAGCAUUUUCACUUGUGUUGUUUACUAGUGAUGUAUGUGUAGACCUAUCCCAAUGGUUGCAGAAUAGCCUGUUUUAGUUAUAGUUAUUAUGUUGACCCUGGACAUCUCAACAUAUUACGUCAGACGAUCACCUGCAAGGGUUUAUUUGUCAAUACCAGUUGUUCUGUGUUCCGAUAUGUCAUGUUCUCUUUAUCCUUAUGGUGCGAAUGUUUGUGUGGAGAGUGUGAGUAAAGUGGGGUUUGCCAUGACCAAUUUAUUGCCAGUAUUUUUGUGAAGUUCGGUUUUUAAAAGGUACCUCACCAGAAAACCGAUACUGAUGUUUUAAUGCUGAAGAUAAUGAUUGUGUGCAAUAUCUUUUUACUUAUAUUUUUGUUUUGUAAAUAUGGUUAACUUUUUAUGGAGAUACUUUUAUAAUAAAAUGUUUUAUUCUAUACUCUGGAAAAUAACUAUUUAAAACAUUUCGCUCAUUGCUGAAGGUGAAUUAAUUUAGGAUGAUGUGUAGCGUAGUCAUUUAGCAUGAUUGAUCUGUAUGGAAUAACUUUAGUUAACUAACGUCACAUUUAAAAUUAUAGUAAGGUAAUUACCGAGUAGAUAGCCUAUAGCCUAUAGCAACAGACUUCCUCCCCUGUGCGCAAUAGACUAUGGAAAACGCGGUUACUUGGUAAACCACAUAUUUAUUUGAUGAAAACAUUAAGAGCACCUUCCUAAUAUUGAGUUACCCUCAGAACAGCCUCAAUUCGUCGGGGCAUGGACUCUACAAGUUGCCGAAAGCGUUCCACAGGGAUCCUGGCCCAUGUUGACUCCAGUGUUUCCCACAGUUGUCAAGUUAGUUGGUUGUCCUUUGGGUGGUGGACCAUUCUUGGUACACACGGGAAACUGUUGAGCGUGAAAAACCCAGCAGCAUUGCAGUUCUUGACACAAACCGGUGCGCCUGGCACCUACUGCCAUACCCCCUUCAAAGGCACUUAAAUAUUUUGUCUUGCCCAUUCACCCUCUGAAUGGCACACAUACACAAGCCAUGUCUCAAUUGUAUCAAAGCUUAAAAAUCUCCUCCUCUUUGUCUACACUGAAUUGAAGUGGAUUUAACAAGUGGCAUUAAAAAGGGAUCAUAGCUUUCAGCUGGAUUCACCUGGUCAGUCAAUUUCAUGGAAAGAGAAGGUGUUCAUAAUGUUUUGUACAACCUGUGCAUGCUGUUUUUUAUAAACUUCACAGUCAGAAACUCAAACUAUUGGCAUCAGAGCGAAUAUAAAUAUUAUGUGCUUUACUCUCUCACGCUCUCUCUCUCUCUCUCAGAAACUAUUCAUUGAUAUCAGAGAGCAUAUCAACAUUUAACUUCAUUCUAAAAGUAUGCUGUUUGCUCCCAAGUCAUAUGAACAAAUUUACACUGAAGCUGAUGAUCAAAUGUGUUCAAUUAUCUCAAAUAUCAAAUCAAAGUAGAGCCCAUGCCCUGUGUUCAAUUAUCUAUGUGUUCAAUUAUCUAUGUGUUCAAUUAUAUAUGGCUUCAUCUACACAAGCAGCCCAAUUCUGAUAUUUCUUUCAACUAAUUGUUCUUUUGACCAACGAGAUCAGCUCUAAAAAAGAUCUGAUGUGAUUGGUAAAAAUACCAAUGAGUGGAAAUAAGAUCAGAAUUGGGCUGCCUGUGUAAACGCACACUAAGUGUUCAAUUAUCUGUGUUCAAUUGUCUAUGUGUUCAAUAAUCUCAAAUCAAAGUAAAGCCAACGCCCUAUGGGUUCAAUUAUCUCAAAUAUAAAAUCAAAGUAACAAUAUAUAUUACAUGGUUGCCCAAAAGUUCAAUUUUUUACGGUUACACAAACGACUUUCAGUAAAAAAAAAAAAAAACCCCUUAUUAGGCACAGUGUUCUGAGGACCGUGUUCUCAUUAAAAGCCAUUCAGAUGAUCACUUAGAUAAAACAACGAGAGGAGAGCUUCUGUCUGAUCGAACGUUCAGGUUUUGCAAAAGGAAUUUGACUCAAACAGUUAUCCACUCUUAGAAAAAAAGGUGCUAUUUAGAACCUAAAAAGGUUAUUUGGCUGUCCCCAUAGGAGAAACCUUUUGAAGAGCCCUUUUUGGUUCCAGGUAAAACCCUUUCCAGAGAGGAUUCUACUUGGAACCCAAAAGGGUUCUACCCGGAACCAAAAAAGGUUCUACCUGGAACCAAAAACGCUUAUCCUAUGGGGACAGCUAAAGAAACCUUUUGGAACACUUUUUUUCUAAGAGUGCAUGUGUUCCUGCCUUGAGGAAUCGUCAUUUAGAAUAAAGCGUUUUGACCGCACCUGAACAACUCUUGCGCUGCUGUGGUUACACACUGUUGCAUUUACAACAUCAUUCAGCGGUCAGAAAGUUAUGACCAACAUGGUUGGUUCCACAGCAUUUCAGUCUUCAUACUUCAUAAAAAAAACGAUCUGCUUUUCCCUGCUUUGUAUCAUAAAAAUAAAUAAAACAACACUGGCUCAAUAAAACAGCUCUCUGCAACAGCUUCAGAGUCCUGCUACGCAGGGGCGUCAUGCACACCAUACAUCUGAGGGGGCACAAAGAACGUGAGGAUGGCCAGGGGGUGGUUGGAGAAUUGUAUAUUGUUCAACCACUUGAAACAGCUUUUUCCUGCAAUCCAGAGCCAUAAUCAUUAUGCUUAAUUCUAUGUAAAAAAAAAAAAAAUGAUGUUUAUUUUUCUGCAUAUCUAAGCAUACCUCUUGAGCUGUCUGUAUCCUCCUGACUUUUCUUAAAUAAACUAAAUAUGCUUCUCUGCAUCUCUGCUAAAAUCUGGGUAAAAUAUUGAAAGGAAUGGUGAGUCUUAUUCAGUACAUUUAGUUAUUGCUUGCUUUUCUAACUGGGCUAGCUAAAGCCAACUUCAUAAAAUUGCUAGGUGGAUAGUAGUAUUACAGAUAAACAACAACAACAACAACAAAUCUGAGGGGCCCCUGUGCACCUGUUGGCAUGACACCUCUGAUCCUAUGCCAUUACCAAGUGUGACCCUGUUUUAUUGCCAGAUAUCAUGUAAUCAAACCAUAAUGUCCUAAGAAGAGGUUGCCUUUGUGAAAAUAACAUUUCUGAAGGUCAUAUUGUGAAAUACAUUCUCUAUGAAUAAUUCAUAAUAUAUUGCAACAAAGAUAUAGGUUUCUUGUCACAGUGGUCAUGGCGACCAGAGUUUGAGCUCCUGUAGGGACAAUAUAAUGCUUUGUUUAUGUAUUGGUUAUCCAGUUCUUUGGGCUAAAACGGUCUCUGCAACAGCUUCAAACUCAUGCACAUUCUUCUCAAAUGUGAUCCUGUUUUUUCACAGCGCAAGACACCCCUGGCUAGACGAGCUCACAUCCUGUAAUCAAACCAUUCUGUCCCUACAAGAGCUUUCACUUUGAGUUUGUGCAAAAACCUUGGCAAAAUGUAUUUCCACCAAAACCAAUCCCAUUGUGCAAGUGUCCUUUGAAUGAUACAUUAUGCAGGUCUCACAUUCUCCUUUCUCCAUAGGAACAAGUUUACUUUUAGAACAAAAUUAUUGCCUCUUCAAGGCUAUGAUAUCAACUAGUGUGAGUCUGGAAGAUCACAUAUAAAUCAAGUAGAAUAAUAUGACACUGCUUCAUUUGUCAGCUAUUUCUGACACUGCACAAGUUUCUUCCCCCUGUUGCUUGGUUACUGUUUUUUAAUGGGUCGACAAGACCUAGACAGAGAAUCGCAGCAGAAUGGGUUCUCCUUGCCAGCUCCUCACCAAGAACUCAACCCAUCAAAUGUUUUAUAACAGAUUUACCAAUCAUAUCGUCCAAACAUCAAUACAAUUAUACUUGUAAUAUCACAAAUAUCAGUGUUGAGAAGGUUUUUGAGUUUAGACUCAGAUAUGCAGAUUUCUUUGUCACUCACAAUUCACUGCAUGUCACUGAUUAUAUAAGAUACAGCGCCCUAUUCAGUCGAAACCAGUUAACAGGUUUCCAAGUUAACAAUAAAAUGUCAAAUGUCUUCUACUGGGAGAAUGUGUGUUUGCAUUUGUGCCAGGUUUUAUUACCAGCAUAAAGCUUGUUUUUCCUUUGCCACCAGAAGGGAGUGAUGGUGAUACUAUUUAUGUGCAAGCCUCAAGCUGAAGGCUCUUGACUCUGUGUAUCAUGCAGCCCUUAGUUUUGUAACCAGUUUUGUAAAACUGCCAUUUUAGCUAUCCUCUCUUCUAGCUGUGAAUUAAAACGUACUGUACAUGCUCAGAUCUCAAUCUUGUUUUUACACCAAGAGUCCCGAAAAUUAGAACCCAGCAUGGAAAAAGGUCCUUUCAUUACUCAGCCCACUGGUCUUGGAAUUCCCUCCAAGCCAACCUAAAACUCCAGGACCUGGUGUCCCUGGAAGAGUUCAAAGGACAAAUAGAUGAACAGGUUGUUGAGACAUGUAGUUGUUUCUAGUUGUCACUAGUUUGCGUUGUCUUAUGUAAGGAAGCAUGUUGCUUUACUUCACACACACUCACACAUCCACUGUUUGUUUGCUGUUGUAUUUGUGCUGUUGCCAGUGUCUUCGGUCUGUGUUGUCCGUUUUGUCUUGCAUACAGUUGAUGUCGGAAGUUUACAUACACUUAGGUUGGAGUCAUUAAAACUCGUUUUUCAACCACUCCACAAAUUUCUUGUUAACAAACUCUAGUUUUUGCAAGUCGGUUAGGACAUCUACUUUGUGCAUGACACAAGUAAUUUGUCCAACAAUUGUUUACAGACAGAUUAUUUCACUUAUAAUUCACUGUAUCACAAUUCCAGUGGGUCAGAAGUUUACAUACACUAAGUUGACUGUGCCUUUAAACAACUUGGAAAAUUCCAGAAAAUGAUGUCAUGGCUUUAGAAGCUUCUGAUAGGCUAAUUGACAUCAUUUGAGUAAAUUGGAGGUGUACCUGUGGAUGUAUUUCAAGGCCUACCUUCAAACUCAGUGCCUCUUUGCUUGACAUCAUGGGAAAAUCAAAAAAGAAAUCAGCCAAGACCUCAGAAGAAAAAUUGUAGACCUCCACAAGUCUGGUUCAUCCUUGGGAGCAAUUUCCAAACGCCUGAAGGUACCACGUUCAUCUGUACAAACAAUAGUACGCAAGUAUAAACACCAUGGGACCACACAGCCAUCAUACCGCUCAGGAAGGAGACGCGUUCUGUCUCUUAGAGAUUAGCGUACUUUGGUGCGAAAAGUGCAAAUCAAUACCAGAACAGCAAAGGACCUUGUGAAGAUGCUGGAGGAAACAGGUACAAAAGUAUCUAUAUCCACAGUAAAACGAGUCCUAUAUCGACAUAACCUGAAAGGCCGCUCAGCAAGGAAGAAGCCACUGCUCCAAAACCGCCAUAAAAAAGCCACACUACGGUUUGCAACUGCAGAUGGGGACAAAGAUUGUACUUUUUGGAGAAAUGUCCUCUGGUCUGAUGAAACAAAAAUAGAACUGUUUGGCCAUAAUGACCAUCGUUAUGUUUGGAGGAAAAAGGGGGUUUGCAAGCCGAAGAACACCAUCCCAACCGUGAAGCAUGGGGGUGGCAGCAUCAUGCUGUGGGGGUGCUUUGCUGCAGGAGGGACUGGUGCACUUCACAAAAUAGAUGGCAUCAUGAGGAAGGAAUAUUAUGUGGAUAUAUUGAAGCAACAUCUCAAGACAUCAGUCAGGAUGUUAAAGCUUGGUCGCAAAUGGGUCUUCCAAAUGGACAAUAACCCCAAGCAUACUUCCAAAGUUGUGGCAAAAUAGCUUAAGGACAACAAAGUCAAGCUAUUGGAGUGGCCAUCACAAAGUCCUGACCUCAAUCCUAUAGACAAUUUGUGGGCAGAACUGAAAAAGCGUGUGUGAACAAGGAGGCCUACAAAUCUGACCCAGUUACACCAGCUCUGUCAGGAGGAAUGGGUUAAAAUUCACCCAACUUAUUGUGGGAAGCUUGUGGAAGGCUACCCGAAAUGUUUGACCCAAGUUAAAUAAUUUAAAGGCAAUGCUACCAAAUACUAAUUGAGUGUAUGUAAACUUCUGACCCACUGGGAAUGUGAUGAAAUAAAUCAUUCUCUCUACUAUUAUUCUGACAUUUUACAUUCUUAAAAUAAAGUGGUGAUCCUAACUGACCUAAGACAGGGAAUUUUUACUAGGAUUAAAUGUCAGGAAUUGUGAAAAACUGAGUUUAAAUGUAUUUGGCUAAGGUGUAAGUAAACUUCUGACUUCAACUGUAGUUUUUUUUAUACGUUUUUUUAAUCCUCUUGCCAUCAUUGUAAAUAAGGAUCUGUUCUUAAUUUGUAUUUUGUAUUUAUUAUGGAUCCCCAUUAGCUGCUGCCAAGGCAACUACUCUUCCUGGGGUCUGGCAAAAUGAAGGCAGUUAUACAAUUUUUUAAACAUUAUAAUACAUUCACAACAGAUCUCACAACACACUAAGUGUAUGCCCUUAGGCCCAUACUCCACUACCACAUAUCUACAACACAAAAUCCAUGUGUACGUGUGUGUAUAGUGCGUAUGUUAUCAUGUGUGUGUAUGCAUGUGUCUGUGCCUAUGUUUGUGUUGCUUCACAGUCCCCGCUGUUCCAUAAGGUGUAUUUUUAUCUGUUUUUAAAAUCUAAUUCUACUGCUUGCAUCAGUUACCUGAUGUAGAAUAGAGUUCCAUGUAGUCAUGGCUCUAUGUAGUACUGUGCGCCUCCCAUAGUCUGUUCUGGACUUGGGGACUGUGAAGAGACCUCUGGUGGCAUGUCUUGUGGGGUAUGCAUGGGUGUCAGAGCUGUGUGCUAGUCGUUUAAACAGACAGUUCGGUGCUUUCAACAUGUCAAUACCUCUCACAAAUACAAGUAGUGAUGAAGUCAAUCUCUCCUCUACUUUGAGCCAGGAGAGAUUGACAUGCAUAUUAUUAAUGUUUGCUCUCUGUGUACAUCCAAGGGCCAGCGGUGCUGCCCUGUUCUGAGCCAAUUGCAAUUUUCCUAAGUCCCUCUUUGUGGCACCUGACCACACAACUGAACAGUAGUCAAGGUGCGACAAAACUAGAGCCUGUAGGACCUGCCUUGUUGAUAGUGCUGUUAAGAAGGUAGAGCAGCGCUUUAUUAUGGACAGACUUCUCCCCAUCGUAGCUACUGUUGUAUCAAUAUGUUUUGACCAUGACAGUUUCCAAUCCAGGGUUACUCCAAGCAGUUUAGUCACCUCAACUUGCUCAAUUUCCACAUUAUUUAUUACAAGAUUUAGUUGAGGUUUAGCGUUUAGUGAAUGAUUUGUCCCAAAUACAAUGCUUUUAGUUUUUGAAAUAUUUAGGACUAACUUAUUCCUUGCCACCCAUUCUGAAACUAACUGCAGCUCUUUGUUAAGUGUUGCAGUCAUUUCAGUUGAUGUAGUAGCUGAUGUGUAUAGUGUUGAGUCAUCCUCAUACAUAGACACACUGGCUUUACUCAAAGCCAGUGGCAUGUUGUUAGUAAAGAUUGAAAAAGUAAGGGACCUAGACAGCUGCCCUGGGGAAUUCCUGAUUCUACCUAGAUUAUGUUGAAGAGGCUUCCAUUAAAGAACACCCUCUGUGUUCUGUCUCUUUUAUAGCAGGGGGUGUAAAGCCAUAAUACAUACGUUUUUCCAGCAGCAGAUAAUGUCAAAAGCCGCACUGAAGUCAAUUUCUCUCAGCCAAUCAUCUGUCAUUUGUGUAAGUGCUGUGCCUGUUGAAUGUCCUUCCAUAUAAGCGUGCUGAACGUCUAUUGUCAAUUUGUUUACUGUAAAAUUGCAUUGUAUCUGGUCAAACACCAUUAUUUCCAAAACUUUACUAAGGGUUGGUAACAGGUUGAUUGGUUGGCUAUUUGAGCCAGUAAAGGGGGCUUUACUAUUCUUAGGUAGCGGAAUUACUUUUACUUCCCUCCAGGCCUGAGGGCACACACUUUCUAGUUGGCUUAAAUUGAAGAUAUGGCAAAUAGGAGUGGCAAUAUCGUCUGCUAUUGUCCUCAGUAAUUUUCCAUCCCAGUUGUCAGACCCCAGUGGCUUGUCAUUGUUGAUAGACAACAAUCAAUUUUUCCCCUCUUCCACACUCACUUUACGGAAUUCAAAAUAAAAUUGUCUUUCAUAAUUUGGUCAGAUAUACUUGGAUGUGUAGUGUCAGCGUUUGUUGCUGGCAUGUCACGCCUAAGUUAGCUAAUCUUGCCAAUUAAAAAAUAAUUAAAGUAGUUGGCAAUAUCAGUCAGUUUUGUAAUAAAUGAGCCAUCUGAUUCAAUGAAUGAUGGAGCUGAGUUUGCCUUUUUUCCAAAAAUGUAAUUGAAGUUGUAGUUUAGUCACAUGAUUUCUCAAUUUGCAAUACGUUUGCAAAUCAGUUGUGCAGCCAGACUUAUUUGCCAUUCCUUUUGCCUCAUCCCUCUCAACCAUACAAUUGUUCAAUUCCUUAUCAAUCCACUGGGAUUUUACAGUUUUUACAGUUAUUUUCUUAAUGGGUGCAUGCUUAUUAGUAACUGGGAUAAGCAAUUUCAUAAAUGUGUCAAGGUCAACGUCUGUUUGCUCCUUAUUACACACCACGGACCAACAAAUAUUCUUUACAUCAACAACAUAGGAAUCACUACAAAACUUAUUGUAUGACCUCUUAUACACAAUAUUAGGCCCAGGCUUUGGAACUUUGGUUUUCCUAGAUAUGGCUACUAUAUUGUGAUCACUACAUCCGAUGGAUCUGGAUACUGCUUUCAAGCACAUUUCUGCAGCAUUAGUAAAGUUGUGAUAAAUACAUGUUGAUGAUUUCAUUUCUGUGCUGUUUGUAACUACCCUGGUAGGAUGACUGAUAACCUGAACCAGGUUGCAGGCACAGGUUACAGUUUGAAGCUUUUUUCUGAGUGAGCAGCUUGAUGAAUGCUAGUCAAUAUUUAAAAUCACCCAGAAAAUAUACCUCUCUGUUGAUAUCACAUACAUUAUCAAGCAUUUCACAUGUUAUCCAGAUACUGACUGUAUCUAUAGCAGCUUCCCACAAGAAUGGGCAUUAGGUGAGGCAGAUGAACCUGUAGCCAUAUUACUUCAAUAGUAUUUAACAUGAGAUCCUCUCUAAUCUUUACAGGAAUGUGGUUCUGAAUAUAAACAGCAACACCUCCAUCACUGGCAUUUCUGUCUUUUCUGUAAAUGUUAUAACCUUGUAUUGCUACCACUGUAUCAUCAAAGGUAUUGUCUAAGUGAAGUCAAAUAAAAUAAAAUAGUAUCUGUGUAAAACAAAGAACUGUUGUUACUUUAUACUAAUGUAACUUUAUACACUGCAUACAUUGGUAACACUUCCUUGAAUACCCUCUUCAUUAUGCGUAAUAAGCACAUUUAUAAUGACUUAUGCAUAAUACAAUAUCAUGCACAUAGGCACUAAUACCUGCUCAUGAACAUCUAUAACACUUUGUAAGCAGGCAGCAUACAACCUUAUGAUGCAAACUGUUGUAAUGCCUUAUAUGUAGCCAAAUGUUUAUAGAAGGUGUAAAUUAAUUUCUAAAAGGUGAGUCUCUAUGACUGUCUAUGUAGUGCUUAUUAAUAUACUAAGCAUUGCUUAUGCAUUGGGUUAUAAAGUUAUUAUGUAGGGUCCUCAUUUGUAUUCUAUCUAUCAGAUCUUUGAAAUCUGAUUGGUCUGAGUCUAGAUCUGAUUCAUUCUCUCCACUCUCAGAGAGGCGUCUACACUUAUGUUACCAAGGCAACCAAUCCAAAAACGACCAAGUCUUGUCAUGUUGUGGAUGCCGCUUCGUGAGCUCCAUCCAAAUGUGAAACGGCGUUAUAAGCAUUAGGUUCUGUACACCAGGGCCCAAAAUGUGUACCUACACCUGGUGUCGUGGAAAACGGUUCAGAUCAACUUACUGGGGGCAUCUCCAAUACUAUUAAUUGGCCUCCUCUCCUCGUCUCCUCUCCUACAUCUGCAUAGCUCUGAGAAUACAACGUAGAAUAAAGUAAUGGGGAUCUCACCAGAAAUUUGCUCUCACCACAGUCAAGUUACUUCACAUCAGUGCAGAUGUAGGAAAGGAGACGUGAAGAGUAUUGAGAUGCCCCCCACUGAUUACUUUGUGUUUACACAUGACAUUAGAAUGUGCCUAAUGUAUAUAUUUAAACAAUGUUUGCUUCCUGUAUCUAAUCGUUUUCUUUAAUGACUAAUAUGUUUGUGUAUCGUUGAGGUAAUGUUAGUUAGCAGGACUGUCCUUAAAGAGUAACUUUGGUUAACUCAAAUGGCAAUACAAGUACACAAGGCUUUUGCUCAUGUAUAACUCAAAACAAAACCCUUAUUGAAAUCAUACAAAUAAUAAAUUGAUUGACAUUGGCAAGUCUGUUGGGGAAAAAUGGACACAAUGCACAGUAUACUGAAAAUCAGUUGAUAUCUGGAAUGGUAAUAAUUUGGAAUGAAUGUUUGUCCCAUUUUUAAGUCAAUACUUCUGCCAUAAAGUGCAUGCAUAACCUUUCAUUUCAGAGUGGGAUAAUGACCCAAUAUGUUUAGUUCUUAGGUAAAUGCCAUCUGGAAGAUACUCGGGCACAAUCUGGUUUGUGCGUAGUUGUUCAAUUAGAACAUUCUGCAUUGCCACUUGCUUGCAGUGACAGUUGUCAGGGAACUCAGUUCAAUGUUGGAAAAACAUUAUUCCCAUGACGUGGUUUUGAAAUGAGAAUUAGCAUCAAGGCUAAGCCACGGCCCAUUGGCGUCAUUGGGAGUGACGCAUUAAUAAACAACAUUUUCUGGAAACAACAAUUGGAAUGCACUUUGUUAAUGAUUGUACAGAUGACUUCCCUUUUGGUGCCAAAUGUUCAGAUAAUCUGAUUUCCUUCCGUCGCAACCAAGUUUGUGUUUAGCUUUGUGGGUCAGUCGUUUCUCUGUUUUUAAGAGUGUGUCUUAUUCUGACAGAUCAAGAUGCUUGUUAGUUGUUCAAUAAUUACAUUGCUAUAACUGUAUUUGAAUACACUGAUGAUGAGCAUUUUUUUGUUCACUGUAGAACUCAGUCUCUGAUAACUCUGUAAGCCUCAUAUAAUUUGUGGCAUGACUUUGAUGCCUACAGGACAAACAGCAAGAAGAUACUGGCUACAUGGUGGAUUUUAAACACAACAAUCAAAUAAAGUGUAACUUGCAUGUAUUCAGACAAAUCUUGUUAAGUCUUUCCAACCUUCGAUACACACAACAAGGCAUCAGACAAACCCUCCUUUCCAUAGAAAGCAGAAAGGCUUAAAGAACGUAACGGCUUACUGUUAAUUUUGCUCAUAUCAUAAAAUGUAUUUUCAGGUGAAUUGAAACAUGCUUGUGUCAAACGGGGAGACUGAAAAUCCCCAAUCAUCGUGAGCGACCGUGACAGAGAGAGCGAGAGGGAGGGAGAGAGAGAGAGAGUCAGACAGAAAGACGUGCUUUGGUGACGGACUUGUUCUGCGGCAGCUGCUUAGAUUACUGUUCUUGGGCUUAAGCCUGCCACCCCUUCGCUCACCUCAACUGCACUCUCCUCCUCAGUCACAUCCUCCCCCUCUCCCUCCCUCCCCUCCUCCCCCUCUCCCCUUGCUCCCCGGCUCUCUCCCCAGUAGAGCAAUACCUCCCCCUACAGGCCAUCUCUCUGAGUCUGCAAUGUGCUCCGCAAGAAUAUCACCACUACCACCGUCCACAUGGCAAGCACCAGCAACCAGACAAACAUUUGGAGCUGCACGGACCGGAGGCUGCACAGGCUGAGAGGAGGAGAGGGAUUCCCUUGUCUGAAUCGAUGGCUGGCUGA